GCACGCGUAGACGUGACGUCACAUGCUCCUGGACCGGGUUCAUGGCGUGAGCCGGAUGACAGUGAGCGCGCUGUAAGGGAACUCUUAUCCGACCGCCACACGGAGUAUGGACUAGGAUAUGUGCAGAGGCAGACUGCUGCAUAAAGGUUCCAGCAGUGUUCGUCCGGACUUGUCACAGAGAGGAUGUUCCGCUGCCUGGCACCUCGGCCAUGGCAGACUUUGUGCAGAAUUUACCUGCAACAGCGAGCUCACCUGUCUCAACUUCCUCCCCGAGUAUCAAGGCCAUGUUCUGGCUGGCAAAUCGGAUGUAAAGGCUGCAGCUUGUGGUUUCGCUUUCCUGACCCUAGAGGAGUUUCUAUAGCCUGGGCACAGGUUCAGUACUUUUCUACUGCUGGCAGCAGUAAAGACGGACCACCAGCAGAAUCAGGCCAAAAUGGCACAAAACCCACUGAUGAAGUGCUCACUGCUCAGUCCCCCAAAGAGCCGACUGGAUCCAAACCUCUGAACCUGCCAAAUGCAGAAAGCAUUCAAGUAAAAGUGCGGGCAGUGCUAAAGAAGCGGGAAUAUGGUACCAAAUACACUCAGAACAAUUUCAUCACUGCAGUGAGGGCAAUGAAUGAGUUCUGCCUCAAACCCAGUGACCUAGAGCAACUGAGGAAGAUUCGUAGACGGAGUCCUCAUGAUGACACGGAGGCAUUCACAGUCUUUUUACGUUCAGACGUGGAGGCCAAGGCUCUGGAUGUUUGGGGCAGUAUGGAGGCCCUUGCUCGAGAGAGGAAUCUGAGGAAAGAGGUGGAGCGACAGUUCCAAGAAAAUAUAUUCCGCAAUCAGCAGUUGUUAAAAGAGUACGAGGAUUUCCGUGGAAACACAAAGCCUCGAUCAAGCAAUAGAGCUACUUUCCUCCAGGGGCCAGGAAAGGUUGUGAUGGUAGCCCUAUGCAUAAACGGACUGAAUUUUAUUUUCAAACUUCUGGCGUGGAUUCAUACUGGAUCAGCCAGCAUGUUCUCAGAGGCCAUCCAUUCCCUGGCCGAUACCUGUAACCAGGCUCUUCUUGCACUGGGAAUCAGUCAGUCUGUGCGUAACCCUGACGCUGGCCACCCGUACGGCUUUUCCAACAUGCCCUACAUCGUUUCCCUCAUCAGCGGUGUGGGCAUUUUCAUGAUGGGUGCUGGCCUGUCUUGGUACCACGGUAUUAUUGGACUUAUGCACCCUCACCCAAUAGAAUCGCUACUCUGGGCAUACUGUAUUUUAGCAGGAUCUUUAGUUUCAGAAGGAGCAACACUCCUGGUGGCCAUUAAUGAAAUCAGGAAGAGUGCCCAGAAGCAUGGAUUCUCGUUCUAUGAAUAUGUAAUGCAGAGUCGAGACCCCAGUACCAAUGUGGUUUUGCUGGAGGAUGCUGCAGCUGUUCUGGGUGUGGUGAUUGCUGCAGGCUGUAUGGGUUUAACCUCCCUCACGGGUAACCCUUAUUAUGAUAGUGUGGGUUCCCUCAGUGUGGGCACUUUGCUGGGAACCGUCUCGGCAUUCCUUAUCUACACCAAUACACAGGCUCUAUUGGGUCGGUCCAUUCAGGCCGAGCAUGUGCAGAAGCUCACAGAGUUUUUGGAGAACGACCCUGCUGUCAGAGCCAUUCAUGAUGUAAAAGCCACCGAUAUUGGACUGAGUAAAGUGCGCUUUAAGGCUGAGGUGGACUUUGAUGGACGGGUGGUUACACGGUCCUAUUUGGAAAAGCAGGACAUUGAUCAGAUGCUUAAUGAAAUUCAGCAGGUAAAGACUCCUGAAGAGUUGGAAGUCUAUAUGCUGAAACAUGGGGAGAACAUCAUCGACACCCUGGGAGCAGAGGUGGACCGUCUGGAGAAAGAGCUCAAGCAACGCAAUCCAGAAGUGCGGCACGUGGAUCUGGAGAUCCUGUAAUGCUGUAAGGGAAGUGCAGCAUCUGUGUGGCAGAGAAGUCGUCGGCCAAGUUGAAGAAGGUUUAGGUGGUUGUGCAGCUCUACUGAACCAGCUCUGAACCACCAUCCACAAAGUCUUACUUUUCAUCAUUACCACGUCAUUGCAGCGCUUCCUCAAUCCACACGUCUGAUACUCCUGUCAACUGAUCAUGCAAGAAGGUGUUCCAUUAAGUCCGGAAGAGUUCAUAGACCUAGUAAGCUUACAUUUAUGAAGUCAACUCGUGUUUUAAUGACGUAAUGCUGACGUAGGAACUUUCUUCUUUUAAGUUAAAACUAUGAGCUGCUUCUUCAACAGCACUCAGAGGUAAUAAGUAUCCAAAAUAAAGAGGUAAAGCAGGUUUUCAGUUUUAAA